CGGUGAAUGAAUGGGGCGCGCGGCUGUGGCGGGACCCCGGCGCGUUGGCGCGAAGCGGGUCCGGGAAUGCAGUGGGCACCCGGCGGAGCCGCCACCGCCAGCGGCCAGGGCCAUGGGCACUCCGGCCUCGAUGGUGAGCGACUCUCCGGGACGGCCGGCGCCCGCAGCCCGCGCCCGCAAGCGGGCCUCGGCCAACAUCUUCCAGGGCGUGGGGCUGCGAGAGCUGCGGAGCCUGUUCCGGAGCGGCGGGGCCGAGCGGCCCGAGGAGCGCGCCCGCCUCGUCUGGCGGUACGCGGGCCAGCGGCGCAUGGCGCGGGCCCUGCGGCGGCUGCGGCGGCGACGGACAGCCCAGCCCGGCGGUGGGAUGGCCGCGCUGCGGCGCUUCGAACACCUUCGGAUCGCGGAGAAGAAGCAGGAGGGUGACUGCGGGGCCAAGAGGGGCUCGGGCUCCAUGCAGCAGCGCUGAGCGGCUGGGCCGCGGCGAGCAGCCUUCCAAGGACCCUAAGUGUACUGGGCAGGGUGCAAUGAAUGGUUAAUAAAGGGUGGACAAUGGUGCCUGAUUGA